AUGGGCUAUUUGAAAGAAGCAUGGAUGGUCCUUUUGAUUGGCGCGGGUGCGCUAGGGUCUAAGGUGCCUGUUGGGUUUGUGUCUGAGUGUGUCUCCCAGUACUGGACACCAGACCAUCAGACGUACUCAGCAGUUUCGGAAAUCAUCUGCGCUUUCCACUGCUACAACAAGAAAGCCCUCGAGUACACCUAUGAUGGGGAAGGACUCGGCUCCAGUUCCCAAGCCGUCACCUACGUCGAGUCUCUCCUGAACGAGACGCUGGAGGAGAUCGCUUACUCUAAGACGACAUACACAUGCGCCACUUGGGAUUGGAAGGUUGGUAGUUUUGCUGUGGAUGGCAGAUUGGACGUCGACAGCAUGUCUGAAAAUGCUGAUACCAUCCUUUACCCUUGGUGGGUGGUAGACCUCGGCCAGGCUCGCCUUAUCAGUUACCUCAACAUCUAUACGCGACAAAAUUGUUGUUCUGAAAGAUUCCACGACAUUGAGAUCCGUGUGGGCGCCACACUUGAGGCUAGCGGAAACUUCUCAUCUUACACGCUCUUCUCCACGUACAAAGGUCCAUACAGCACGACCCUCGGUAGUCUCUACUGCUUCAGGAAAGACGGGGUGGUCGGUAGGUUCAUCAGCAUCCAGCGUGUGACUCCAGAACUUGCUGAUCAUCUGCAGCUUAUAGAAGUCUUCGUGUGGGCAAAGAUGAAAUAAUUUAUUGUACAUAUAAAAAAAUUGAUAUCAUGAUUUUAUGAAGAGAAAACACAAUAGUUAAAACAAAGGAGGAUUGGUUUUGUUUUCAUUAGAACUUGUUUUUAUUAGAACUUUUCUGAUACGACAUGGUUAUCGAUAUUUGCUUGAAAUGUGUCACGCUGUUAUGGCUAACAACUUUCAGCCCAUGUAAUUAUACUAAGAAUUUG